CAAAGCUAAGUUAAUAUAGAGUCCACAGUUCAGAGCGUUCGGCGCCCAAAGCAGCAGCAGAAGCGACACCAUGCGCGCUCCGGCGAGCCUCCUGCAGCGGACCGCCCUCGCGGCAGCCGGCACCGGCCAGACAUCGUCGUCGUCGUCGUCGUCACUACCUCAGCAGCAGGAGCAGACGGCGCCCGUGAUGGCGGUGAACUCGGACAUGGUGGUCAUCCUGGCGUCGCUCCUGUGCGCGCUAGUCUGCGUCCUUGGCCUCGCCCUCGUCUCCCGGUGCGCAUGCCGGCGACGCCGCUCCGCCUCAUCCUCCAACACUUCCCCUCCUCCGCCCAAGGGCCUCAAGAAGAAGGCCAUCGACGCGCUUCCUACCGUCUCCUUCGCCGCCACCGCUUCUCCGACGCCAGCGGCUUGCUCAUCCUCUGAGUGCGCGAUCUGCCUGGCAGAUUUCACGGAAGGGGAGGGCCUGCGGGUGCUCCCGAGGUGCGGCCACCACUUCCAUGUUGGAUGCGUCGAUGCCUGGCUCCGGACCUGCGCCACAUGCCCCUCCUGCCGUGCACCCAUCAUCGUUUCCGCGCCCGUGCAGCCGCCCGCGACACCCACGGUGGUGGUUGUAGUGGCGGCAAACAACAGGUGCGGGAGGUGCGGCGAGGUGGCGGCACCGGCUGGUGGUGAAGAUUGCACGGUCUUGCCUUAAUUAAUUAAUUUAUGUUUCCUUUUCUUUUAUUUUGCUAGUUAGGCUAAGGCCCUGUUUGGUUCAUAACUCUUAGGACUUUUCUUAGUCCCAACUUAUAAGUCACAAGUCCCUAAAAAGUCCCUACAUGUUUGGUUCCUGAGACUUAACAUGGACUAGAAGACUAUAUUACAACUAUAAGUCCCUAUAAGUUCCUCCUUGAGAGUCUUAUUUCAUAAGUCCCAAAUGCUCACUUUAAGUCCCUAUAAGUCCCUCCUGUUUGGUUUAGAUGGGACUUAUAGGAACUUUUUUAAGUCCCUAAACCAAUAAGUCCCUGGAAACAAACACCCUCUAAGUAAGUCAUUAAGACGUCUUAAAUACUUGUGUAUUUAUUAUCAUUUUGUUUAGUUCUUCUGUUGUUUUUGUAGCUAAGUAGCCUGUUCGGCGAUCCAAUGCAUUGGAAUACUUCAAUUUUGUAGCUUGGCUGUAAAGUGUAUACACUUUUAUUCAUUGUUUAAUACCAAUGUGAUGAAGUAAAGGGUGUAUAUGUUCUAAAUA